UUGAGUGAGAACAUGAGUGGAAGCAGGACAGAAAUGUUCGCAGGGUUAACUGUAACACGACAGUUAAGACCACUUGGUUCCGAUGGCUUCCGCAGGAGAUGUUGGUUGCACAUGAGAGCCAGGUUCCCUACUCUCGAAGCGGUUCCCGAAAUAAAACGAGCUGUGGCACGUUUCUGCCAUAUCGAGGAAAGUGGCGUACACUCUGAUUGGGUGAGGGAGGUCCAGCUACGAUAUAAGAAAUAUGCUGUUGACAAGAAAUGCAAGAGGAAGGGGGCAGCAGUGAAGCAGAGAGCAGCAUCGGAUCAUCCCCCAGUUACUGCUGCUGGUACCCAGACAGAUCCACUGCACGCAUUGCACUGCAAGGAUUGUGUGACCAAUGCCAUGCGGCAUGUCCUGGACGAAAAGGCGGCGGAAAUUGCGGAGAUGAGGACCAAUCUCCUCCUCCACCAAGCACCCUCUCCGACCCCAGCACCCGUCAGCAGUAUCCUGAUCAGAACCCCUGACCCCAUCCGCUCUCGCUCGCGAACUCCCUCCGUCAGUUCAAAUGGGCCAGGACCGUCCCGUUCCAGUCACGGUACACCAGUCUGUGCUGUGCAACCACGAUCACGGAUUAAUUCAGCAGCAUCCAGUAUCAGUGCGGACAAUCAGUGCGGACAACUGGGGGCCCGAAUCUGUCAUAGAAGCCAGAGUCCGCAUGGCUGCUGA